AUGGAGCGAAGAGCCUGGACUCUGCAGUGUACUGCUUUCGCUCUCUUUUGCGCUUGGUGUGCAUUGAACAGUGUAAAAGCAAAGAGGCAGUUUGUGAAUGAAUGGGCGGCGGAAAUCCCCGGGGGACCGGAGGCAGCCUCGGCCAUAGCCGAGGAGCUGGGCUAUGACCUUUUGGGUCAGAUAGGAUCACUUGAAAAUCACUAUUUAUUCAAACAUAAAAACCAUCCCCGAAGAUCUCGAAGGAGUGCCUUUCAUAUCACCAAGAGAUUAUCUGAUGAUGAUCGUGUGAUAUGGGCUGAACAACAGUAUGAAAAAGAGAGAAGUAAACGUUCAAUUCUAAGAGACUCAGCACUAAAUCUCUUCAAUGAUCCAAUGUGGAAUCAGCAGUGGUACUUGCAAGAUACUAGGAUGACCGCAGCCCUGCCCAAACUGGACCUCCAUGUGAUACCUGUUUGGCAAAAAGGCAUCACAGGAAAAGGAGUUGUUAUCACUGUACUGGAUGAUGGCCUGGAGUGGAAUCACACAGACAUCUAUGACAAUUAUGAUCCAGAGGCUAGCUAUGAUUUUAACGAUAAUGACCAUGAUCCAUUUCCCAGAUAUGAUCCCACAAAUGAGAACAAACAUGGGACCAGAUGUGCAGGAGAAAUUGCCAUGCAAGCAAAUAAUCACAAGUGCGGGGUUGGAGUUGCAUACAAUUCCAAAGUCGGAGGCAUAAGAAUGCUGGAUGGCAUUGUGACUGAUGCUAUUGAAGCCAGUUCAAUUGGAUUCAAUCCUGGACAUGUGGAUAUUUACAGUGCCAGUUGGGGCCCAAAUGAUGAUGGGAAAACUGUGGAAGGGCCUGGCCGAUUAGCCCAGAAGGCUUUUGAAUAUGGUGUCAAACAGGGGAGACAAGGAAAGGGUUCCAUCUUCGUCUGGGCUUCCGGGAACGGGGGGCGUCAGGGAGAUAACUGUGACUGUGAUGGGUACACGGACAGCAUCUACACCAUCUCCAUCAGCAGUGCCUCGCAGCAAGGCCUGUCCCCCUGGUAUGCUGAGAAGUGCUCCUCCACGCUGGCCACCUCCUACAGCAGCGGCGAUUACACCGACCAGAGAAUCACGAGCGCCGACCUGCACAAUGACUGCACAGAGACCCACACGGGCACCUCGGCCUCAGCACCCCUGGCUGCUGGCAUCUUCGCUCUGGCCCUGGAAGCAAAUCCAAAUCUCACCUGGCGAGAUAUGCAGCACCUGGUUGUCUGGACCUCUGAGUAUGACCCACUGGCCAAUAACCCCGGAUGGAAAAAGAAUGGAGCAGGCUUGAUGGUGAAUAGUAGAUUUGGAUUUGGGUUGCUAAAUGCCAAAGCUCUGGUGGAUUUAGCUGAGCCCAGGACCUGGAGCAGUGUGCCUGAGAAGAAAGAGUGUGUUGUGAAGGACAAUGACUUUGAGCCCAGAGCCUUGACAGCUAAUGGAGAAGUUAUCAUUGAAAUUCCAACAAGAGCUUGUGAAGGACAAGAAAAUGCUAUCAAGUCCUUGGAACACGUGCAAUUUGAAGCAACGAUUGAAUAUUCCCGCAGAGGAGAUCUUCAUGUCACACUCACUUCUGCUGCUGGAACCAGCACUGUACUGUUGGCUGAAAGAGAGCGGGAUACAUCUCCUAAUGGCUUUAAGAACUGGGACUUCAUGUCUGUUCACACGUGGGGAGAAAAUCCCAUCGGUACCUGGACUUUGCGAAUUACAGACAUGUCUGGAAGAAUGCAAAACGAAGGAAGAAUCGUGAACUGGAAGCUGAUUUUGCAUGGGACCUCUUCUCAGCCAGAACACAUGAAACAGCCUCGUGUAUAUACAUCCUACAACACCGUUCAGAAUGACAGAAGAGGGGUGGAGAAGAUGGUGGAUUCGGGCGAGGAGCAGCCCACACAAGAGAACCUGACCACGAACCCCCUGGCGUCAAAAAGCCCCAGCGGCAGCAGCAGCGUUGGGGGCAGAAGGGCCGAGCUAGCCGAGGGAGCCCCGUCCGAGGCCAUGCUGCGACUCUUACAGAGCGCUUUCAGCAAAAACCCAGCCGCACAGCAAUCACCAAAGAAGUCGCCAAGUGCAAAGCUCAACAUCCCUUACGAAAAUUUCUACCAAGCCCUGGAAAAGCUGAACAAACCUUCCCAGCUUAAAGACUCUGAGGACAGUCUGUAUAACGACUAUGUGGAUGUUUUCUACAACACGAAACCUUACAAGCACAGAGAUGACCGGCUGCUGCAAGCUCUGGUCGACAUUCUGAGGGAGGAAAAUUAA